AUGGCAACUUCAGAGAUGGACGAAAGUGAAGACGCACCUGGAGAAGAAGAUGCAGACUUCAGCGAAGACAUGUCUCCUGCCGAAGACAUGGACGGCGUGACUGCUCACAAUGCCUCGUCAUCGUCAUCGGAGCACAGCUCACGCUCUCCAAAGCGGAAAGCCUCUUUCGACGAUGACGAAUACAUCAAGGCAAACCCGGAGCUGUACGGCCUACGUCGCAGUGGUCGCGCUCGACCAAGCCGCCGAGUAGUUGAUACGACUUCCGACUCCGACGAGGAAGACCAAGCUCCGUCCCGUAGACAGCGCAAGCGUCAGAAGACAAGCAGUGCUCGGUCCAGUAAGUCAUCGACCAAGAAGCGUACAACCUCCGCCAUCGUCUCUCGAUCUCAGUCGGAAGACGAAGACGACACCUACGGCGGUGAACGUGGCCGGACAUUUGCCAAGAAGCACCGCAAGCGAAUGCAAGAUGCCGCCGCUUCCGGCCGCGACACCCCGACCUACAGCGAAGUCCGAUUCUCCACCAGGGGCGCGACGAAGGUCACGAACUACAAUGAGGAUGAUAACCCCGAGCUCGACGAAGAGGACACGGACAGCCUGACGCCGAACUAUCACUAUUCGCAGCUGCCAGAAGACAACUCGCCAGCCAUCGAUAUAGUCCUCAACUAUCGCCUGAAGGAAGGCGUUGCUGCUCCCACCGAUGUCAAUGCUGCCAUCAAGAAUGACUACGACUUCUUCAUCAAGUGGCAAAACCAAGCGCACUACCACGCAACCUGGGAGUCGUGGGCAGACCUCAAGAAUAGACGUGGUAAGCGUCGAGUGGAGAACUUCUUCCGCAAGAUCGUCCUCAGAGAUCUGGAAAACGCAACCGACCCCAAUGUCCCCCCCGAAGAUGUCGAGAGUUGGAACCUCGAGCGCGAAGCAGUCCUGGAGAACGUCGAGCGCGCCAUGAACGUCGAGCGUGUCAUUGGCUCACGAGAUGGGGACGAUGGCACAGAGUAUUACACCAAGUGGAGGAUGGUUGCCUACGAGUUCUGCACCUGGGAGAAGGCAGACUUGAUGAGCACCCUGGCGCAGGCCGAGAUCGACAAGUACCUCGACCGCACAGCGAAGCUACCCACGUCCAACGCUCGUGAAUCGCGACUGGCGACUCGAUCGGACUACGUCCCCUUCCGCACCCAGCCCGACUACAUCAAGGGCCGUCCCUUGCGCGAGUUCCAGAUCCACGGCGUCAACUUCCUCUGCCACCACUGGUGCAAAGGCAACAAUGUCGUACUCGCGGACGAGAUGGGGCUUGGGAAGACGGUGCAGACGGUGGCCUUCAUGAACUGGCUGAGACACGACCGCGGCCAAAAUGGGCCGUUCUUGGUCGUGGUGCCUUUGUCCACCAUGUCCGCUUGGGCGGAAACCUUCGAUCACUGGACUCCCGACAUCAACUACGUCGUCUACACCGACAAUCCAGCGUCGCGCCAGGUCAUCCAAGACUACGAACUCCUCGUCGACGGCAAUCCCAACAAGCCCAAGUUCAACGUCUUGCUCACCACUUACGAGAUGAUCAAGGAUCAUGCAUUCCUGUCCCAGAUCAAGUGGCAGUUCAUGGCAGUCGACGAGGCUCAUCGCCUCAAGAACCGCGAAGCUCAACUGUAUACCAGACUGAUGGACUUGGGCGUACCCAGCCGGCUCCUCAUCACCGGCACACCCAUGCAGAACACUCUCAGUGAGCUGUCUUCACUCAUGGAUUUCCUCAUGCCCGGGAAGAUUCAUGUCGACGAGAACAUUGACCUUGCGUCCACGGACGCUAGCCAGAAGAUUUCCGAACUCACUAACGCCGUCGCGCCGUACAUGAUCCGCCGUACCAAGAAGAAGGUCGAGAGCGAUCUUCCCCCAAAGACGGAGAAGAUCAUCCGUGUCGAGUUGUCGGACUUGCAGCUGGAGUAUUACAAGAAUAUUCUCACCCGCAACUACGCUGCUCUGAACGCCGGUGCUGGAGCCAAGAAGACCAGCCUUCUGAACGUCAUGAUGGAGCUGAAGAAGAUCAGCAAUCAUCCAUUCAUGUUUCCCAACGCAGAAGAACGCGUCCUGGACGGAAGCAACUCCCGUGAGGAUCAGCUCAAAGCCUUGAUCACGACAUCCGGAAAGAUGAUGCUGCUCGACCGCCUGUUGACCAAGCUGAAGAAAGAUGGCCAUCGUGUUCUGAUCUUCAGCCAGAUGGUCAAGAUGCUGGACAUCCUAAGCGACUACCUCCACCUCAGGGGUUACCAAUUCCAGAGGUUGGACGGCACGAUCCCUGCUGGCCCGCGGAAGAUGGCAAUGGACCACUUCAACGCCCCCGAUAGCAAGGACUUUUGCUUCCUGCUCUCCACCCGCGCCGGCGGACUUGGAAUCAAUCUCAUGACUGCUGACACCGUCAUCUUGUUCGACUCGGAUUGGAACCCGCAAGCCGAUCUGCAGGCAAUGGCGCGAGCCCAUCGCAUUGGACAGAAGAAGCCUGUCAGCGUUUACCGUCUCGUUUCAAAAGACACGGUGGAAGAAGAGGUGCUGGAGCGCGCCAGGAACAAGCUCAUGCUGGAGUACAUCACCAUCCAGCGUGGCAUCACCGACAAAGAUGCAAAAGAGCUUGCGAACCGCAUGGCCAGAGGCGGUGCCGCUGUCGCCGAGCCAGAGUCUAGCGACGACAUCUCCAGGAUUCUGAAGCGCCGCGGUCAACGCAUGUUUGAGCAGACCGGGAACCAGCAGAAGCUGGAGCAGAUUGACAUUGAUGAAGUGCUCGAGAAUGCCGAAGAGCAUGAGACUGACGAGCCUGAGGGCAUCACGACUGAUGGCGGCGAGGAGUUUCUGCGCAGCUUCGACUACACCGAUGUCAAGCUGGAUCUGGAAUGGGACGACAUCAUUCCCAAAGAUCAGCUCGAGAAGCUCAAGGAGGAAGAGAGAAAGAGGAAGGAGGCGGAGUACCUCGAGAGCGUGAUUGAGCAGAAUCAGCCUCGCAAGCGCAAAGCACCAGCGGAUAUCGGUGGCGAGAGGGGCCGAGCAGCGAAAAAGCGAGCCAUCACCAAGUUUACCGCUGCUGUCGACGGUGAUGACGAAGACUCGGGACCCGACGACUCCGACGACGAUGGAGGCCAAGAUCCCAAGCGACCUCUGAGUGCCAAAGAAUGCCGCUACCUCAUCCGGGCUGUCGAACGAUAUGGGGCUCUCGAGGACAUGCAGGACGUCAUCAUCAAGGAAGCUCGACUCGGUGGCCGCGAUAUUGAGGUGAUCAAGUCCACGUUGCAAGACAUCUCCGACGCAGCCGCACGUACGCUCAAGGAGCACGAGGACGAGAUGGCAGAGCGGGAGAAAGCCACCAACAAGCCGCCAACCAAGAAGGAUAAGAAGCAGCCUUGCUUCGACUUCAGAGGGGUUAAGAAGGUGAAUGCCGCCACAUUCCUCGAGCGGCCGGCACAGAUGCGAAUGCUGCGAGACGUGGUUGCCAAUACUACCGACUGGAAGAGCUUCCGCAUCCCCGAGGUCGAGAAGGCUCCGAAAUACUCGUGCGAUUGGGGCUCUCGUGAAGACGGCAUGCUCUGUGUUGGCAUGGCUAGGCACGGUCAUGGUGCAUGGAUACAAAUUCGAGAUGAUGAAGAGCUUGGUAUGAGCGACAGAUUGUUCCUUGAGGAGCACCGCGUCGCCAAGAAGGAAGAGCGCAACAAAGCGCAAGGCAAAGAGACUGCCAAGUCGCCCGGAGCGGUGCACCUGGUGCGUCGCGCGGACUACCUCAUCGCCGUGCUCCAGGACAAGACGAGCAACGGCACGAAUCUCGCAGCCAGGAAGCAGCUCGAGAAUCACCAUCGCAACAAGAAGAAGCCCUCGGGUCAACUUGCUGGCCGACUCGAAGCCUUGAGUGCAGAGAGAGGCUCUACCACGCCUCGACACAGACCUAGCGAUGCCAAGUCCACCGCAGAGCGGCUCGGCCACGGCUUGACGAACGGGCACCGCAAGGGCAGCACCAACGACCACGAGAAGCCCAAGCAUCGGCCGUCAGAGGAGAGUAAAGCACACCACGACCGUCCUGGUUCUUCGCAGGCCAACGGUCAUGUAGCGCCUACGCCAAAGGACGACACGGAAGCCAAGAUCCAGCGCAUUUUGAGCCCGGUGUCUAAGCAUCUCAUCCUCGUCUCGGGCGCGACCAAGAGGAAGGUUCCGGAGGAUGUUGCCAGACUUAAGAUCAUCAAGUCCGGCCUCCUCGCCAUUGGCCAGCACAUCCUUUCGCAAGUCCAUGAAGGCGGCCACGCGAAGCUCGAAGACAACAUGUGGGAAUACAUUGUGGACUAUUACUGGCCCCGCAGCAAGGCUUCCGAGAAGAGCGUCUCCGGACAGAAGCUCAGAGACAUGUACAAGAAGGUUGCCGGAAAGGAUGCAGCGGCUGCUGCGGCGGCCAAGGACGCGCCGGCCAAGCCCACGCCAGUGACGAAUGGCAUCACGGCGUCCGAGAUCAAGAAAGACGGCGGCGUGACGACGGCAACCACGGCGGUCAAGAAGGAGAACGUCCCGGCUCCCCCACGCAAGCUCCCUGACUUCAAGCGCGACCCUUCGGCCCCCAAGAGAGAUCGUGAUGCCUCUCGUUCUCGCAGCGUCAGCAGGGUGGCCCGCUCACGCAGCAACAGCAAGGCCUCUAGUUCUCGCAGCGCCAGCCGCGCCUCUCCACCAGAUACGAGGCGUCCAGACGACAACCCCGUCACCAAGCAGAGAAGCCCGUCGGUCGCCUACUCCAGCGAGUACAAGAGGCGCCUCUCUUCUGAUCGACGCUACUGA